GCCCCCACCCCCCGCAUGUGCCCGAAAACCCUUGAUUAAAAAAAAUUAAAAAUCGCGAAAUAAAUCAAAAUAGUGAAGUGGAGGUGCGCUACACCUCCGGAAGUUCAUCCCUAUUUCACCCCUAAACUGAUCCCCAAAUUGUGAUGUGUCCUACGCUUUUUAAAUGCCAGUGUUUAUGCAAAAUGGAUGAGCCCAGCGUAACGGUGUCAACCGCGAUAACAGAAGUGACAAGGCACUUUGAAGGGUUUAUUUGGAAUUAUUUGGGGUGAACAGGACAUUUGGGCUGCAUUCGGUCAUUAGGCCAGUCGGUAAUCUCCUCAUCAAUUUGUGACUCGACAGGAAGGGCAAUAGCGUGAGUACAGAAACACCAGAACCACUGACAAUUUUCCCACCCCCUCAAGACUCGUGAACAACCCCGGCUCAUUCGGGGGUUGUGGUUCAAUGCCUCUAAUCAUUCAAGGUCAUGCCAAAUUACUACGUCACGCAAUGGCGUAUUACCGGCGCAUUGUUAUUAUUAUUUUUAUUAUUCAGCUCCCGGAGCCAAAUCUGUUUUGUUAUCGCGAUGACCCAAAUUCUUCAUCACGUGUUGCAGAUGAGUGAGUCAGUGAAGGUUGCCGUCAGAUGCAGGCCCAUGAACCAGAGGGAGAGGUCCUCUGGGUGUCAGAACAUCGUCUCGGUGGAUCCAAUCGCCAAGACCUGCACCCUGGACGGUUCCCCCGGUGCUGGAAAAUCCUAUCAGUUUGACGCGGCGUUCGGUCCUGACAGCACAACCGAAAAGCUCUACGAGGACGUGGGUUCCGUCGUCGUGGAGGCUGUCCUCGAGGGCUACAAUGGCACGGUCUUCGCCUACGGCCAGACCGGCUGUGGUAAGUCCCACACGAUGCACGGUUUCGUGGAGAAGACCCUCGAGCACAUAUUCGAGGCGACAUCAACAUCAUCCUCCGACACCCGAUACCUCGCCCUUCUCUCCUACCUGGAGAUCUACAACGAGCGCCUCCGAGAUCUUCUCCAAGACAAUUGCGUCGAGGGUGCCCUCCAGCUAAAAGAGGACCCCAAUCGUGGGACCUACGUCGCCGGUGGCCUGCGCGAGGUCACCGUCAAGGACGCAGCCGAGUGCGCCCGACUGGUGGAGCAGGGGGACAAGCGUCGUGCCCUAGCUGCGACGAAGAUGAACGCUACAUCCUCGCGGAGUCACGCAGUGCUGACGAUUUCCCUGGAGGCGCUGGCCAUGGGUGAGGACACAGAGAAACGAGGUGCAGCGGUGCGAAGAGGGCGUCUUCACCUGGUGGACCUGGCGGGAUCAGAGAGGCAGUCGAGAACUGGUGCUGCUGGAGAUCGAUUGAAGGAGGCCGCGAGCAUAAACCUGAGUCUAUCGGCCCUGGGGAAUGUGAUCAGUGCUUUGGCAGCGGGGAAUGGACGACACGUGCCAUACAGGGACAGCAAAUUGACGAGACUCCUCCGGGACAGUCUCGGGGGUAACGCAAGGACUCUGAUGAUCGCCUGCGUCAGUCCCUCCGAUGACAACGGCGAGGAGACACUGAGCACCCUGAGGUACGCCGCCAGGGCGAGGUGCAUCAAGAAUAAACCGGUUGUCAAUGAGGAUCCCAAGGACGCACUCCUCAGGCAGUACCAGCUGGAGCUGGAGCGGCUGAAGAAGCUGCUGGAGGGGUCCAAGGACUUCGAGGCCGAUGAGGACGAGGACAGGGGGACCAGUCUGACGUACAACGAGGAGGUGGAGAAGCUCAAACGCGAGUGCGAGGACUCCAACAUGUCCGCCCAGCGGCACAGGGAGGAACUGGAGGCGCUGAGGGGACGGUAUGAGAACGCUGGGAAUUUGGAAGCUGAUGCUGGCCAUCAGAACAAGGUCUGGACGUCCACGACUAGGGAGAUUGAUGAGAAGAGGAGGCGGAAGAGGGAGGCUGCCAAGAGGGAGGUCAUGAGGCGGUUGGAGAGGCUCACCAUUGGUGGAGAGGCUCAGGGUGAUGCUGAGUUGAGGAAACGCAGGGAGAGACGCAGGCGCAGGCUUGAAAUCAUUGCUGCUGCGUUGGAGAAGAGCGCGCAGGACGGGAGUGGUGGGGCAUUCGAGGUUUAUGGACAGCUCAGGACCACUGAGGAUGCCCUCAAGAGAAUGGCCAAAAGGACUAAACAACUCGAAGCUGAGGCACUCGAUCUCCAGGCAUCCUGGGACGCGGAACGUCGUGAACUCCUACGGAGAGAGCUGCUUGCAACACAGAUAUGCGAAGCUAUGCUGCCGCAUCUGCGUCCUGGCUGUCCGUUGCGUGACCUCACCGCUGUACGUGCAGCAGCAACGUGGUGCGAUGAGCUCGGUAGGUGGAGAUUGCCAGAUGCCUCAUCAAGAAUACCACUGCCACCGCCACCACCUCUGGGACGCGACGGACGAAGAUCAAAGCCUGAUCACAAUAAUAAUAGUGAUGAUAAGGACAGCGAUGAUGAGUCCAGAGGUGAAAUGAGCCACAACGAGAGGAAGGACAUCGUCGGAACGUAUUUCAAGAGAAAUAGAAUCGACGAGUUGCUGGCGAGGGCGAGGGAGGCCAAGACCUUCGAAACCAACGGCCGACUGAGUAAAUCCGGUGGUUCAGACGACUCCACCAACAGCUACCUCCAGCUAAAUGCUCUGAAUCUUCAGACAACUGCCCCAAGGGUUGAUACCCCUGGAAAAGUCCCCGCGCACAUCGCAGGGGGUCGACCCAUCGGCUCAUUCAACGCCUGGCUGGUCCAGGAUACAGCGCCCCGAUCAAUUCUGAGUUCAAGUCAAUCCAAAAAAGUACCUCCACGUAUUCUCGAGGCUCUGCCCUCGCGGAUGACCUCCUGACGAGACUACGACGCCAAGGAUCGCCAGUCAUAUCAAUUUUUACGAUAUGUUCUCGAUGGUCUCCAGUGAAAGUCAUUACGUAAAGUUGCAGAAGCGAAGAGACUUUUAUUUUUUAAUACUUUUGAUUGGGGACCUGUCUUCUCUGCGCUGGAGAAAAAAUGAGGAACAGUACUCGAAGAGGUGGUGAAUUACAGGGAAUAUGACAACAGAAGCAGAAGAUGCUCUCCAGGACUCCCCAUAUUUACCAGCAGCUUUCCUCACACCUUUUCUCUCCCUGCGAGAGAUUCAGAGAUUCACGAGACGUGAAUUCCAGGUCUGGCGGCUCCUCUGGACGUCUCCAACGUUUUUUAUCCCCAAAAGGUCACGGAUAGGGACAAUUGCUGGUCUCUGGACAGUUGUUAAUGCACAUAACGUGCGUCAAAGUGUUCCGAAGAUGUUUUAUUCGAUUCCAUAAAAUACUGUGACUACUUUACACAUAUCCCAGUGAUAAAUACAAAGUUCUAAGUGCUAAUUUGAAUCAAUAACCAGUCUCGGUGUCGAGAGUGAGAAAUAAAAAAAUGGCAAAUGAACAACCAACGAGCAGUUGAUUGCAAGAUAUUCUUUCCUUUCGUGGAGAUAUUUUUUUUGCUCUUUUAACGAGUCGAACGAUCAUUAUCUGAUCGUUCGUGACCCACACGGUUCACAGUAUAUCUUUUUGAGGAUGAUAAUUGUUACUUGUACAUGGGGUGCAUAAAUUCGAGUUAUUUGUCAAGGCUCUGAGGUGUUUUCUUUUAGUUUAUUCGGGCCAAAACUUUCCAGAAACACUGGCUUGAUGGCGCAUGAAACUAAUGAUGAAGGCAUGUGAUGUCCUGAGUCUAUUACGGUUCCAGAGGGAUCGCGUGCUCUUCGGAAUGAGUGUGUACUUCCUGUUUUGUAGAAGUUUAUAAACAUCGUGGGGUCAAUCAAUUGUGCAUCGAAUAUUUAUUAACAACAGGUAUUUUCCGGAUUUUUUUUCAUUGAAAAAGCUCCACAGGAAUUUUCGAUAAAUUAUUCACACGAAUUUGAUUUUAAUUGAGUGUCAGGUUUGAUUAGAAAAUUCGUGAGGAUUUUCCUGUCAAAUCUAAUCGCAUUUUCUGUAAACAUGUCAUCAAAAUAAUUGUAGAAUGUUGGGACGUCAACUACGAAGCUCCGAAAUUUUUAAUAAACAACGUUUUCACUGAUAUUUGAUUUUUUUCAUUCGAAAAUUGUUUUACAAAUGCACUGGGCCACUUUGGCUCCAAUAAUUAUUUCGAGUGAUUGAAUAAGAAGGUGAUAUUUCUAAAAUUCAAAAAUUCCGUUGAUCCUGUAAUGAUUUCUCGUAUCUGAAUUCAACCGAAUAAUGUCCGAUUUCAAAAUAAAGAGGCGAGUGCCCCGCGAAUGAAAGCGAGUUUGGAAGCAUUAAAAAAAAAUUGAGUAUCUUUUUAUGGUAUAUUUUUUGUCUUCCUCGGUUGCGCGAAUGAGCUACUUUUACUUUCACGUUGGAGUUGCUACAAAACAUUGCCGGCGCGCGAAAUUACCCAAACACUUUAAAGAAGCUCACACACCAUUGAAAAUAACCGCUUUCCCCUAUUGAAAGUGCCUGCUCUCUCAUUCACUUCUUUUAUUCUCAUUAUUCGGUGUUGAUGGACACAAGGGAGAUGUGAUUUAUGACCUGGAGAGGCGGAAGGGGAUCAAUUAUUUAAUUAUUUUAGCGGUACCCAAAUAAUUGACGGUAAUUCCCAAGGAAUAAU